AUGCGGAGGAAGCAAACCAAAAAGAUGGCCGCGCCAAGCAAAAUGUCGGCGGCCAAAGCCCCGAGCUGCGCAUCAUCGCCGGCCGCUCGUCCAAGAGCUCGACCUGGCUGGAAGCUUGAGGUCGCACGCAUACAACAGUCACUUCUCUCCAUCAGACAACCAUCUCAUAAUACCUUCAUCAUGGACGUGCUUCUCGGCAUCACUGGCAAGGACUUCACCAUCAUCGCCGCUUCCAAGGCGGCCAUGCGCGGCGCAACCAUCCUCAAGGCCUCGGACGACAAGACCCGCCCACUGAGCAAGCACAUCCUGAUGGGCCUGACCGGCGAGGCUGGCGACACCACCACCGCUUCAUUCAUUCGCACAGAGCUCGCAAAGGCUCUUAGAUCAAAACGCCCAUACACCGUCAACCUCCUGCUCGCCGGCUACGACACAAUCAACGACAAGCCCACUCUGCACUGGAUCGACUACCUGGCCUCGUCUGCCGCCGUCCCAUACGCCGCCCACGGCUACGCACAAUACUACUGUCUCUCAACGCUCGACAAGCAUCACCACCCCGACAUUUCGUUCGAGCAAGGCAUGAAGAUUCUCAGAAUGUGCACAGACGAGCUCAAGAGAAGAUUGCCCAUCGACUUCAAGGGCAUGAUUGUCAAGGUCGUCACCAAGGACGGCAUCCGCGAGGAGGAGUACAAGGACGACGAGCCUGUCGCUUGC